ACGAGCUGGUUGGCUUGGCAACCGCGAUAGCAUAGUUGGUGGCUUCCAGUUUCCCUGCGUUUUUGUUGAGUUGGUUGUAAUUUCUCACAGCCAGUUAACGCCACAGAGUGUAUAAUCUUUUUUUUUAGCGUGAAUAUCUGGAGAUGAUCGACUCGGCUCUCAGUCCUCUGGGUGCUAAAGUUGUCUUGGCCGCAUCAAGCGACGAGAAUCACCCGCCUGAGAGCAUCAUUGAUGGAAACCCGGACACGUUUUGGGUGUCCACCGGGAUGUUUCCUCAAGAGUUCAUAAUUGGCUUUGCUGAGCCCACGAAGAUAGCUGCCGUGACUGUGGACUGCUACAACGUCAAGCAUCUAAAGAUAGAAAAGAAUACCUCGGAUAAUGCCUCUCACUUUGAGCCUGUUACAGAGAAAGAAUUUGAACAAACAGAGGGACAUCUUCAGUCAAGUGCUAUUUCACUAAAUGGAACCAGUGCAACCCACCUUCGUUUCAUCAUCACCUCAGGAUAUGAUCACUUUGUCUCAGUGCACAGAGUCAGUGUGGAGAGUUGACAUCUAUACAGAGGCAUUGAUCGCUUUCAUUGUGCCUAGAGGGAAGUAAAGUCUGAGGACAUAAUUUUUGUACUUUUAUGGCAUAUAAUACACAGUCAAAUUAAAUAUGAAUGGAUCUCAUUAAAUGUUUAAUCUGUUUUGAUAAGGACCAUGCUCUGAUAUCUCAUUUCACGCCACAGGAAUCUGAUAAGCAUGUUCCGUGAAAAUGUGAGGUGCACUGAUUUUGAAAACCAAUCAAGUGUAUGUCUAAGCAAAAUGAAUUUGUCAUCUCAGUCUUAUCAAUGAUAGUGCAGUCACAGAAAAGCACUUGGAUGGAAGUCGAUGUGCAGUUGGAAAUCUGGGUGCCAAAUCUGGGUUUUGCUUUAACCCAUCACAUGUUUCACUGGUUGUUAUUUAAUGUUAUGGAUGCAAUCCUAGCGCUGUUAUACCUCACAUCCAAUUGCUCCUGUUAAUUUUGUGAACUCAUAUUUGGCAGAACUUUAGAAUAAAAGAGUUGGACUGCGAUGAAUGGUUCAUUUAGUUACAACAGAAACACAGAGAUGAGCUCUGCACCUACUGACUGAGAGACAGAGCUAAUUAACUAAUUAAGAACGGUGGGGGCUUAAACUGGCAUCCACACAGGCCCCCACAAGCAGAAUUUGACAUCCCCAUAGAAAUGGGAACUGAGGGUGAUGCAGCUGGGGGGGAGGGGAACCAGAUGGCUUCCUGGGCAACCAGCUUUUCUCUAAAGACUGCAGGCCUAUUCAAACAAAGGACUCAGGCCACCUCCUGUACUCCCUCUCCUACACACACACGCACACACACAUGCGCACAUUCACACUUUUAUCUACCUCCAUGGCCAUUUCAAGUCAUCUGUAGUAAAGGGCUGAGCAGAGUAUAACCCUGUGGGACUCCCUCCCCAAUUACUCUGCUGACUGUGGAGCAGUUUGUGGAGGCUGUGUACACUGUGGCUCAGUCUGCAUGCAGGGCUCCCGAUAAACCAAUAGAAAAUAUGAAAUACAUGCCUGAAUAGCUAGCCCCCUGAUAUCUUAGAACAACUAAUUGCUUAGGGGUAUGGUUGGGAUACAGUGCAUUUGAGUGUGUGAGUGUAUAAUGAGUAAUGAGGGCAAGGUAGAAAUUGAUACAGCGUUAUUGACUCAUCUAUUAUUUAUUGGCAGUGAAUGUUUAUAGUAAGGUUAGGCUCUCUGGUUAGGUCCGUGAAAUGGAAUGCAAACUCCCAUUUCUGCUAGGCAUCCAAAUGGAUUUUGGUCCAUGGUUUAUAUUGCUAGUUUGUUGUUUUUCUUUGCUGUAAAUAUGCGACCAGAGAUCCCCUUUUGUAUGUCUGGCAGGUCUGCACAUGUGCCUCCUCACUGCUAAUGAAUUCAGAGCCUUUUGUGCUUGACUGUCGGCCAAUCAUCAGAAUCACAGCAGGAUAUGAGCGCAUUAUUAUCAUGUCACUGCAGGGCAGGGCGAAACUAUCACCCAGUCUCUUCUGAUGGCUGCCUAACUGCUGUCCAAUCACACCGAGACAUCUGCUGGACCCACACUCUGUAUGUUCAGCUGAGUUAAUAAGGAGAGAGACACGAUAACCCAUUCCCCUCCCAACCUUUCUGCUGCUGCAUUCCAUAAUUGAAAUUGUAAUCGUAAGUGUUUUGAAAAAGUUAUAUAUAAAACUCUAUAGUGUAUACUGUAUGGAAAACUAGGAUUCAAUAAUGUGCAUUUGCACUGCAUGCUUUAAAAUGGAUUGCCCGUAAAGACAUGAAAAAUUUUUUGGGGUUUGUUUUUUCACUGGUCUGCACAUUAGCAAGUGGAGUAUUUCUUGGAGAAAGCAUAGGAGAGCAAGAUUGAAAAUUGCUGUGGUAUGCCUGGUCUACUUUGAUACAGUAUGUACGCUUAAUGUAUGCAGUUGUGCGGGUGUGGAUGAUGUUUUUUUAUACUGCACUAUCUUGUGAAAGCCAUCCUCCUCAGCCCCACCCCAUUAUUUUCUUUCAUGUCAGACUGAUGAGUUUGAAUUUCUCCUUGUUAUGUGUUCAGUGUGGUCCCCCUUUCAUGUCAGCGACGGAGGCACAGACACUGACAAUGGGCCUUAAUUUGAUUUCAGUUUUGAUUUGGUCCAAUCAGCUUAGAUAUGACAGAUGCAGAGAGGGGAAGAGCUGGUGUGUGAAGAAGGAAACACCAUCAAAAGGCUGAAAUUAGAUGAUUACAAGAGAGAGGAAAACAAUCUUCUCAUUAUUUUAAGUCAGGGAGGAAGAGAGAAUGAC